GUCCAGCUCCUCAACGUAUAGGUGAGCCAUCCCUUCAUCGUCUCCCGUAGCAUACUUCGAGCUACCUCCAGCUGUAUACCCUCUCCUCCCUACGUGUGCCCACCUCUGCUCUCCCCUCUAUUGGAUAUAUGUAGAGCUGGAGCUACGGCCCAUAGACCCCCUCAAUGGCGACAGCGCCGCGAUUCUAACUACUUAUUCUAACCCCUCACCUAAAGGUAUCGGUGCUCGGCGCACAUUCGCGGCCAUGGCGGCGACGACUACCGACACGAAUAACUACAAGUUCAACCACUCGAUGAUUCGAGUGAAGGACCCCAAGGAAUCCGUCAAGUUCUACGAGUUCCUGGGGAUGAAGGUGAUCAAGCGGCUGCAGUUCCCCGAGUCCAAGUUCGACCUGUACUUCCUGGGGUACGACGGGGCCGGCGCGCCCUCGGCCGGCCGCAGCACGUUCGACCGUCAGGGGCUCAUCGAGCUGACGCACAACUACGGCACCGAAACGGACCCGCACUACAAGGUCAACAACGGCAACGCGGAGCCCCACCGCGGCUUCGGCCACGUCUGCGUCGCCGUCGACCACAUCCGGGCCGCCUGCGCCCGCCUCGAGGACGCCGGCUACCGCUUCCAGAAGCGCCUCGAGGACGGCCGCAUGCGCCACAUCGCCUUCGCCCUCGACCCCGACGGGUACUGGGUCGAGAUCAUAAGUCUCCGCUCCGGCAGCAAAGGGGCCGAUGACCCCGAGGAGGCGAAGGCGCUCGUGAGCGAUCCGGGGACGUACAGGAUGAACCACACCAUGAUCCGGGUCAAGGACGCGGAGAAGUCGCUCAAGUUCUACCAGGAGGUGCUCGGCAUGUCGCUGUUCCGCACCAGCGAGCAGCCGGCCGCCAAGUUCAACCUGUACUUCCUCGGGUACCCGGGCGAGCGCGGCGUGCCCGCCGACGGCUUCUCGGCCGAGUACGAGGGCCUGCUCGAGCUCACGUGGAACUACGGUACCGAGAAGGACCCCGACUUCAAGUACCACGACGGCAACGCGGAGCCGCAGGGCUUCGGGCACAUCUGCGUCUCGGUCGACAACCUCGAGGCAGCGUGCGCGCGGUUCGAGAGCCUGGGCGUCGGCUGGAAGAAGCGGCUCACGGAGGGCCGCAUGAAGAACGUCGCCUUCGUGCUCGACCCGGACGGCUACUGGGUCGAGAUCGUCCAGAACGAGAGCUUCUCCGGGAAGGAGAACUUCUGAGGCCCCAAGGUGUCGCGCGCGCGCUACCUAACUAGGCCGGCUCCGAUCGGGCCGUCGCACCAGCAGAAGAUCUGGAUGGGCCGGUGCGGGGGGCGGGGGCGGGAGCGAGGGGACGAGGGGCGGCGGUUGGUGCUAUAUAUGUAUAUUCCCAUUAUCCGACCGUCUGGGUCGCGGGGGUCUGGGCAAGACAUACUGAGACACGAGAGGCGGGGACAGGGGGCUAGUUGUCGCAGACACGUAAUCAGAUAGACGACAAGGCGGCAGCCGGAGAAAAACGUCAGAUGAGUCUACGUCGGCGGUCCAUCAAGGGACCCGGUGCUACGACCCCUCCGCGUCUCACCUCCCCGCAUCCGCCUGGAUACGGGUAUACGGAAGGGUAGGCAGCUAUGGGCCAGUAAUCGCUCCGCGUAGUUACGCUGUCGCAUCGUCCUCCAGGCACACCCUGUCCCGAGCGGAGAAAGCAGGACUCGUUCCGACCUAUCUAGUGAUUGUUAUCGGUAUCCAUGUGUUGACGCGGACGCGCGACAUCGCACCGGCCUGCUCUAGCCGCGACCUCCGGCGUCGAAGCCGGGGUCUACACGCGAUCCCAGUGCGCAGUCCCCCCCCUGGGCCCCUCCACUCCUCCCCUCCGCGCGGCCCACGCCCCGCGACUCCC